CCAAGUCAAUACCCAAGUCUCCACCACCCAAAGGAGUGAAACUUGGGCUGCACGACUUUUCCAAAAAAUGUAUGUGAGCUUACCUCCAUUUCACACAAGGAGAGAGGUAAUGGAUCUGAGUGAUGUAAUAAAAGAAAACCUCCUCCCUUUCCUCCCUGCAAAAUCCCUCAUCAAAUUCAUGUGUGUCUCCAAGGAAUGGAACCAAUGGAUCAAAUCCCCUCUCCUCGCCUUCCAGCAAAGCACCCACUUCACGAAACUCUCCGGCUUCUUCGCCCAAAAACAACACCAAGACCCCACAUUCAUCACCUUAGACUCCACCUCCUGUGGUGUCCCAAAGCCUAGCCUCGACUUCCUCCCCGAGUCCGUCGACCUCCUCGCCUCCUGCAGCGGCCUCCUCGUCUGCCAAGGCCGCGAGGCCAACGAGCCGCUCUAUGUAUGCAACCCGGCCAUUAUGGAGUGGACUACCCUGCCCCCUCCCCUGCUUUACCAUGGGGCCGGGGCUGGAACCGUCCUCGCCUUCGACCCUUCUGCCAGAAACAUCGAGCAAAGGUACAAUUUGAUAUGCGCUGUGCCUAUCCUCGGCUGUGGGAAUGGCAGUGAGCUUAGCUUCGAGCUUUACAACUCGAGAACGCGUUUAUGGAGGGUGUUGGACAAUACGUUAGUCGAAUUGGUGGAGGAUCUCGCCAUGGUUGGCCCCGGCUUCUACAUGAAGGGGGUGGCCUACUGGCUGACAAACGCGGGGAUGGUUGUAGCGUUUGAUGUCGAGAGGGAGCUGCACGAGGUCAUACAUUUAGACACGCCUCCUAGCGUUCGUGUCUCAGAGGGCGUCUUGACAGAGAUGGGAGGGGAGCUGCGCUACAUCGGGUUGCGCCACUUGUCGGGGGAUAGGUACGAGAUCAUGAUCCACGGGGGGAUGGCGUUGAGCUUGCAGCGAGCUGUGGAGAUCAGCAUUGGGGAGGUUGAUUGUUGCCGGUUUAGGAUUCUCCCGGGGUUCGAUGGGGAGACGGUGAUGAUUGUGGGGGAGGAUUGGAUCUAUUGUUAUGGGAUAAGUGAUGGGAGUCUUCAAGGGAAGAUUGGGGUUGAGUAUGAAUCUGCUUCUGCAAAUAAGCAUCUUGCUUAUGUGAACAGUUUGGUUGAUUUGGUUUAGGUUUAGUUUGUUUUAGACCUUUUUAAGAUGGUUUUACAGUGAUUGUUAUGUUUGGGGUUUGUUGCGUAAAUUCUUUUUGUCGACUCAUGUUUUCGUUAUCAUCAAUGCAUGUCGCGUGUAUAUUGACUAUUGGUUCCAUAUUGUGUUUCAACCUCGU